GGGUUGGAUGCAAAUAACGCAGAAUUAUGAGUGACUUGUCUGAGUUGGAAGGUUUCCGACGCUUAAAAGUGGAUUUAUGUGGAAAUUGCAUUAAUAGAGUGACUUACUAGCAAGAGCCUUCUUAUAAAUAACUGCGCUGACUGAAAGAAAUAGCAAAAGAUAUACAAAAACAUUCAGUGGAUUGCAUUUGAAAGAUUACUUUCUCAUUUUAUUUGAAAUGAGUUGCAGAUUUUUGAAUUGCCAUAAAUAAUGCACAUGGAGAGUCCAAAUGUUUUAUGGCAACAUAAAUUGCCAACUGAUAAAAUACAACAAAGGGAAUGAUUUGUCUCUCUAUGAUGAUGAUGGAUCUCUUUCCCAUCUCAUGUGGAGGUGUCAUGUAGGAGGAGUUCUUUGAAACCAAACAAGUUACGAAUUUUCCCUUAUAAAAAAGGAAAUUGAGACCCGACAACUCACUGGAUCUCACCAUAAGAGGUUCGCUAUGCACAGCAGGUCCUGGCACAGACAGAUGCGUUGUCACGUGUAGGAGUCUCCAGCUUUUUUUAGCAGCCCCACUCCUGUCCCUCCCUCCACCCCUCCUCAGAGCAUCUUUAAUAAGACACAUGCUCCUGGGCUCGGGUGCUCAUUCACACCAAACGCUCCUUGGCGAUCCUCCAACAGGCUGCCUGCUCCCCUGCUAGCCCCGCCGAGUCUUCAUGGGUUGAACCAACAGGAGUGCCACACUCUCCUCUUCUCCUUUUUCCACCUCUCCUCUCCUCUCAUACUCCACGCAUCGCUCCUCCAUUACAUCGUCAACCGACCCCCCCCCCCCCCCACACCACCAUUAUGGCUUGUGCCCUGGGCAUGUUUGGAUUUGCAGCCGCAGCAGCAUAAUCCUCCGCUGAAGGGAGUUGCGGACACAGCAGCCCUUAGAGAGAGAGAGAGAGAUAGAGAGAGCGAGUGAGAGAGAGAGACCCAGCGGACAGCAGCAGCGGAGGGAGGGAAGCUGCAGGGAGGAGCAGCAACAGCAGCAGCGGCGGCAGAGUGAUCCACCUGUCACAGAGUGGAAGGGGCCCCCCGCCUUAUCCGUCUGCCUGCAGGGGGGACCCCGCUUGGCCGGUCAGCACCAGGGACUAUGCAGCUGGGACUGGUGACUCUGGCGAUGGUCUUUCUCGUAUCCAAUGGUCACAGCGACAGCGGCCUCAAGCUCUCAAAGGGACAGAGGCAGAGACGGAUUAGCACUGAGGGGCCACCAUCUUGCUCAAAUGGCUGUGAGCGAUGUUCCGAAUACAAUGGCUGUAUAAAAUGUAAGCCCAAACUCUUCAUUCUCCUGGAGCGCAACGACAUCCGCCAGAUAGGCGUGUGCCUCGCCUCGUGCCCACAGGGAUACUUCGGCAUGCGGACUCCCGAUACCAACAGAUGCAUCCAAUGUAAAAUAGAGAAUUGUGAGGAGUGUUUCAAUCGAAAUUUUUGCACAAAAUGUAAGGAGGGCUUAUAUUCACACAGAGGGCGAUGUUACCCCAGCUGCCCUGAAGGCCUCAGCACCACCAACGGGACCAUGGAGUGCGUAGAAUGUGAACUGGGCGAAUGGAGCCCAUGGGGUCCCUGUAUGAAGAAGAACAAGACGUGUGGCUUUAAGAAAGGGACACAGACCAGAGUGCAAGAGCUUCUUCAGGCCCCCAGCCCUGACACGGUCUCUGCGUCCUCCCCCCGGCCCUGUGCUCCACAGACUGAGAGACAGAAGUGCACAGUGCAGAAGGCACCAUGUGGAAAAGGAGAUGGGAAUAAGAAUAAGGGCGAGCGACGAGACCCGCAGAGGAGGCAAGACAAAGAAAACGUCCGUGGCCAUGGCCACGAGGGCAAAGAGGGUGGCAAAGAGGGUGGCAAGAAGGGGGGCAAAGAGGGAGGAAAAGAAGGAAGCAGAGAGGGUGGCAAAGAGGGAGGGAAAGGAGGCAGAGAGGGUGGCAAGGGAGGCGGCAGGAGGAAAAAGGGCCAAAACCAGGCCACCACCACACCCAGCCUUACCCCUAGCACUGUAGCCUAGGCCUUACUCACGCUGGGACUUGGUGGGGACAAGGAGGGACAAAAACUAGGCAACACCCACCUGCAUUGGCCAUUUUGAAGAGACAGACAGUGGACAGAGGUGACAAUAUCAAACUGAUGAAGAAAAGGAUUAAUGCUGCUAUGCAUUCUAGAAGAUGCUGUAAGAGAACUGGAGGAUUGCUGCAAUAAAUGAGGAACAGGACUUGGACUUAUCAGACUUGGAGGGAAGAGGGGGAAUGUGCACUGUGGAGGGUUCCACUGUAAGCCUUGCAGUAGGGUCAACAUGUUUCAUUUCACCGCUUCCAAGUUUAUCUUAGAGUUGGCAGAUGGAGAUCCCAGUGGCUGAACAGUGGAAGACACUGAAUAUGAAUAUGAGCAUUUCAAGAUGGAGGCUUCACAAUGAUCAAGGAUCUCUUCAAUCCAUUAGAAUCCCUGAUGUGCUUUUCAAAAUCUAUUUUUCAUUGUUGACUUGACUUAUGUUUUGUGAACGGUAGCAAGUAGAUAUUUCUAAGGAGAUGUUGUUGUAAGUGAUAUAAAGAAAAUGAACAGUAUUAAGAUUCUUUAUUUUAAUUAUAUUUUAUGAUGAAACAAAAGAAAGGCACUGGAACAAAUGUGUGGUUUUGAAGGAAAACAUAUUUUAAUAAA